UACAACAACAGUAUCCCUUGAACAUGCCUGUUGCUUAUACUUCAUCCGCUGUUGGGCCCCAGGUUAAUAAUGAAGCAGCAAGCAAACAUCAUCAGAAUAACCAUCAUAAUUCCUCGGGCGCUUCAAAGUUGGCCGAGUUUGCUUCGAAUAUGGUUUAUCAAAUGUGGCAUUUUAAAAGACCUUCCUCCGCCUUGGCUGGUCAAUAUGUCGCCCCACCCGUAUCGAAUCCUAAAAAUAUCUCACCAACUGCGAGUCCUCAAUUCAAAAGUUUCUGUAAUCAGGUUCUUCAACAGACGCAACUUUCAGAGUCUGUUGUUCUUUUGUCACUUAAAUAUGUUCAGAAACUGGUGAAAAGUGGAACAAUGUCUACCGGUGAUAAGGGAUCAGAAUAUCGCCUAUUCACCGUUGCAUUGAUGUUGGCUAACAAAUUUCUUGAUGAUAAUACAUUUACGAAUAAAACUUGGUCAGAAGUGACGAAUAUCAGUGUCAAGGAACUUAAUAUUAUGGAAUUGGAGUUUCUCGAUAAUUUGGAUUUCAAGCUAUUCGUCAGCGAUACAGAAUAUAAGCACUGGUUACAAUGUCUUAAUGAGUAUACGCAGAAGCAACAUCAGCAGACGCAGAAGCAACAUCAACAGUCGCUUCAUCAAAGAAAUAAAUCCGCUUCGGAUGCAACUUUGAGAAAUGCUGCAUCAAAUACUCGAUCUGCGUUGCAACAGCCUUAUAAAUACACGCUGAUAUCUAUGCCAGAACCAUAUCAAGCUACACCAAUUUCGAUUGUUCAUCGUCGCCAGCCAAAAACACAAACCACCGCUACCAUCAAUUCAAAUGUUAUCCAACCACCUCAACCUCCUAUUGGACGUGUUCAGCCGCAUCAAUCUUUUGGACUUGUCUCACCUGUACCUGCUAAACAAGUUCUGAUUAAUUCUUAUUAUGGCUCGAACCGUAACCCUAAUAAUAAUUCUUCUAGCAAUGGAUCAACAUCUCAUUCGCAUCAUUUAAAUCAAACUUUGGGGGAAGCCAUUCAUCGGUACAAGGAAAUUAUGUAA